GAGGGGGGCCGCAGAGUAGUGGGGAGGGGACGCAACAGGAAGUGUGGAGCGUAGCCGGAGUCGUGGUGGCCGAUGCUGUAGCUGAUGUAAAUACUGACUUGUGAACUGUAAAUCAGCAAGAUGGAUGCUACUGUGAUUUUACCAAUACUGAAAAAGAAAUUGGCUUUCCUUUCAGGAGGAAAGGAUAGAAGAAGCGGCCUCAUUCUGACAAUCCCAUUGUGUUCAGACCAGACAAAUAUGGAUGAGCUGAGUGUUACUCUGGACUACCUACUGAGCAUCCCAAGUGAUAAGUGUAAAGCCCGGGGUUUUACUGUAAUUGUGGAUGGAAGGAAAUCACAGUGGAAUGUAGUAAAGACUGUGGUUGUCAUGCUCCAGAAUGUUGUACCAGCUGAAGUGUCUCUUGUUUGUGUUGUAAAGCCAGAUGAGUUCUGGGAUAAGAAAGUGACACACUUCUGCUUCUGGAAAGAAAAGGACCGACUAGGUUUUGAGGUUAUUCUAGUAUCUGGGAACAAACUUAUCAGAUACAUAGAACCUUCACAACUCACAGAAGAAUUUGGUGGAAGCCUUACCUAUGACCACAUGGACUGGUUGAACAAAAGGCUGGUAUUUGAGAAGUUUACAAAGGAAUCCACAUCAUUGCUGGAUGAACUUGCUGUUAUCAACAAUGGGAGCGAUAAGGGAAAUCAGAACGAAAAAGACAGGUCAAUGGAUUUCAAUUAUCUUCCCUCUGUUGAUCCAGAAACUGUUCUACAAACAGGUAAGAUCUAUUUCCUGCUCUAUUCGAGAAUUAACAUACUGGAGUGCCAAAGUUUCCUACCCCUGUGUAUGGAGAUUGGUGAUGAUAAGAGUUCCCUGACAGACCCAGCAAAGGUCAUGCAGGUUGUAAACUGGCUGGAAGGACCUGGUUUAGAACAGCUGAGAACCCAGUGGGGAAUUGGAGACUCCAUAAGAGCGUCUCAAGCCUUACAACAGAAGCAUGAGGAGAUUGAGAGUCAGCACAGUGAAUGGUUUGCUGUGUAUGUGGAACUUAACCAGCAGAUUGCAGCCCUCCUGAAUGCUGGAGAUGAAGAGGACCUGGUGGAGCUGAAGGGUUUGCAGCAACGACUCAGUGAUGUCUGUUACAGGCAGGCCAGCCAGUUGGAAUUUCGGCAGAACCUUUUACAAACGGCACUAGAAUUUCACGGUGUUGCUCAAGAGUUGUCGCAGCAAUUGGAUGGCCUGCUGGGGAUGCUGUGUGUUGAUGUGGCCCCUACAGAUGGAGCAGCAAUUCAACAAACAUUAAAACUGCUUGAGGAGAAGCUGAAAAGUGUUGACACUGGUCUUCAAGGCUUACGUGAGAAAGGACAGGGUCUGGUGGAUCAAAUUUCAAAUCAGGCUUCAUGGGCCUAUGGGAAGGAUGUCUCGGGUGAAAACAAGGAAAAUGUAGAUCAUGUUCAAGGAGUAAUGGAGGACAUGCAGAUGAGGAAGCAGAGGUGUGAAGAUAUGGUGGAUGUCCGGAGGUUAAAAAUGUUACAGAUGGUCCAGCUGUUUAAGUGUGAAGAAGAUGCAGCACAAGCAGUAGACUGGUUAAACGAAUUACUGGAUGCCUUGUUAAAGACGCACGUCAGACUGGGAGACGACAGCCAAGAAACAAAAAUUUUGAUAGAAAAGCACCGAAAAUUUGUGGAUGUUGCCCAGAGUACAUAUGAUUAUGGGCGGCAGUUACUGCAAGCCACGGUUGUAUUAUGUCAGUCUCUGAGAUGUACGUCAAGGUCAUCAGGGGACACACUUCCAAAACUCAACAGAGUAUGGAAACAGUUUACGAUAACCUCAGAAGAGAGGGUUCACCGGCUGGAAAUGGCACUCGCUUUUCACUCAAAUGCCGAAAAGAUCUUACAAGAAAGUCCAGACCUUCCAGAGUCUGUGCUGGAUUUUGAACAAUUUGAUGAAGUUGAAGCUGUUGGGAAAUCGCUGCUAGAUAGAUUAACAGUGCCUGUAAUUUAUCCUGAUGGAAGUGAACAGUAUUUUGGAAGUCCAAGUGACAUGGCCUCCACAGCGGAACACAUCAGAGAGAGAAUCAAGAUGGUCUGCUUAAAAAAACAACAACUGCUAGAGCCUGAUGUCUCCAUAAGAGAGAGUUAAAAGAGACCGGACUGUGAAUUCUCCCAUAAGCUACAGUUUGUAACUCAGCAUGUGGUCAUACAUUGAAAUGCAUUUCACAACCAUCCCAUGAAGCAGCAUCUCCUCAUCCCGAAACAUUGCUCUGCGUAUUGUAACACUUCUAUAAAGCCUUACUUAUAUACUGUGCUGUGAAAUCAUCAAGUAUAUUACACAGUGUAGUGCUGCACUUGACACUACCUUUAAGCCCUUCAAAAGGGCUCGAAAUGCGUGGCUGGAUAAUAUAUUCUAAAGCCCUCUGGCAGCAGACGGGUUAAAAGCUUUACCUUAUUUGGUAGUUCUGUUUCUAGGUAAGCAGCUGGCAAAUGCUUUUCAAUGGUGCUACCUAAAAUGAAGGAAUCUUCACGAUCAUUAGAAGGCGGAGGAGACGUAUAUGAAAAGUGCUGUCCCUGAGUGGAUAACGUAGUGUAUGUAGGACGUGGGUUGUUCUUAGGAUGUAGCGUACUUCUUCUUGUCUUAAUAUCUAAAGACAUUUCAUUUUUUAUUGUGCCAUUAUACAACUAGUCCAUGAAACCUUUGAUAUAUCAUGUUCAUGAAUCAAAUGUUUUCUUACUUGUAUGGGACAAUGUAUUUAAAGCUGUUUGUGCGGAAUAAAACCAUCUUUUUAAGGUUG